AUGGGUUCCGCUACAAUAAACCUUCCCACCAUCCACCUCGACACCACCCUGACGGAUCUCUACAAGCUCGCCGACCCCUCCACCGCGCACCUCCGCCUCGGCUUCGUCCUCUGCGGCGUCAACUCCGCCAUCGCCCUGACCCCUUCCUUCCCUCGCAACAAGAAAUAUCUUUACCAAGACAGUCCCUUCAACAACAUCCCGCCCGCCGAGCUCAAAGAUGCUGCCGCCUCGUCAACCACAACAGAGCUCCAACGCUCCAUAGCCCUCAAAUACCUUUCGCUCAUCCCCCAACGCGACGCCUUCAUCACCGGCGGCCCACACACCCCCACCAUCUUCUUCAACGUCUCACCCGGCUCCGCCUUGCAAGAGGCGCACGACCGGCACGAGGCCGAAGCGACGAUUGCUGUUCUGAGCCCCGAGCAGAGGCCGAAAUUGGUAUUCUGUUCCGGACCCGCCGAGAUACCUGUAAAAGAGCUAGGGAUCGAUAGGUUAGCGGUCAAGAUCAUGCUUGAUGACCUUGAAAAAAAGGGGUAUCCGUUGGUGGUGAACCAGGAGACUCAGUGGUUUUUGAAUAGCAAGGCUGGACUUGCUGAGUCGGGGCUGCCGACGCCGAGGGCGGAGGUGGUUGAUGUUGAGGGGUUUGUACCGCCGUUGGCGGGUGGGGAAUGUUGUGAGGUUUGUCGGGCGGAGGAUGAUGUGGUGGGGAAAGGUGGUAUGAGGUUUGUCCCCGCGGGGUGUAAAGGGGCCAGGGGACAGUGGUUGGAAGAGCAGAUGAAGAGGAUCGUGGAGAAGGUGGAUGCUAGACAAGCACCGUUUGUGUUCAAGACCCAACAAACGUUUGGCGGGGCGGGGACGUGGGUGGUUAGUGACGAGGAAAAGAAGCGGGAGUUGGUGAAGAAGUUAAUGGAUGAUGAGACCGGAGUGUUGAGGAAGCUUCUGUCGCAGGUGACUGCUAAAAAUCAGCAGUUGAAGCCCGGGUCGGUGGUGCUGAGCGAGAUGGUGCGCGAUCCCGUGGGGGACUACGGGGUGACAUUUUUGGUGAGGAAAGGAGGCGAGGCGACGUUUUUGGCGGCGUCGGAGCAGAUGAUCAAUGAGGAUAAUGCGUGGAUUGGGAGUACAAUUAAUUACGCGCGCCAGGACAGGCUGAAGGAGAAGUUUGAGGGGAUCAUGAGGCAGACUGCUGAGUGGGUGGGUAAGCAUGGAUACAUUGGACCCGUGGGGAUUGAUGUUUUGGAGACGAAGGAUAUUCCAAAGGAUGAACUGGUUCAAGGGAACGGCAUUUCUUCCGCGGAUGGCGAGAAGACGGCGCAGUAUAUUGUUGACUUGAACGUGAGGACGUCGGGAUCACUGGCGUUGCCGUUGCUCAAAGGUCACUUUACGAGCAGGGGUAUGACUUGUGCGAGCAGUUUCUCUACCACGCUGCGGGGGUCGAGGAAGCAGUUUAUGGAGACGUGGAGGGAGGAGUUUGAAACUGGGCGGAUGCUGAUCAUGGCAUGGUAUGAGGAUGAUAUAGGCAACGAGGAAAAGGAGGUGGAGAGUAUUGGCGAUGUGGUGGUGGGCGGGAAGGAUGAGAAGGAUUUACAGGAUCUGAUGAAGAGGGUGAGGGAGAGUACUGAAGAGGUGACGUUUUGA